AUGGCAAAUGCAACAGAGAAAAAAUCUGGUAAAGUUGUAGUAGUAGGGGAUGGUGCAUGUGGUAAAACGUGCUUACUGGAAGUUUUUAGAAGGAACCAAUUUCCUGCCUCUUAUGUUCCUACUGUAGUAGAUAACUUUGCUAAAGAUGUAAUUAUAGAAGAAGGAAAUGACCAAAGGGUGGUAAAUUUAGCACUUUGGGAUACAGCAGGUCAAGAAGAUUAUGAUACAAUUAGACCACUAUCAUACAGAGAGACAGAUUUAGUAUUAAUAUGCUAUACAAUUGAAAAUAAAAAUAAGCUUAAUAACAUAAAUAGAAAAUGGUUGAUGGAAAUUAAAAAUUAUUGUCCACGGGCUGGUUACUUCCUUGUAGCUUUAAAAUGUGAUUUAAGAGAAGAUAAUGAUCCAACAUUAGAUAAAUCGAAUUUCGUAACCGAGAAAGAAGGCUUAGAGUUGGCUGAGAAUAUAAGGGCUCUUAAGUUUAUGGAGUGCUCUGCGAUGACUGGCAAGAAUGUUACAGAAAUAUUUGAUGAGGCUGGUAAAUAUAUAUAUAAGCUUAAAGAAAGUCAAUCUAUAGAUAAAGGAUGUGGGUUAUUCUACUGCUGUUAA